UGCUGCUGUGGUUCUGCCGGCUGCUCCUUGUGCUGUGGCUGUUGCCCCAAAUUCCGACAGUCCCGCGGUACCCGCUUCAUGUACGCACUCUACUUCAUCCUCGUUGCCGUUCUGUGCUGCAUCAUGAUGUCAGAAACCGUGGUCCACAAGAUGAGAGAGCAUAUUCCCUUUUUUGAAGAUAUUUGCAAAGGCCUUAAAGCUGGUGACAACUGUGAGAAGCUGGUAGGAUACUCAGCAGUCUACAGAGUCUGUUUUGGAAUGGCGUGUUUCUUCUUUAUUUUCUCCUUACUGACCCUCAAAAUCAACAACAGCAAAGGCUGCCGAGCUCAUAUUCAUAAUGGCUUUUGGUUCUUUAAACUUCUGCUGUUGGCAGCCAUGUGCUCAGGAGCUUUCUUCAUCCCGGAUCAGGAAACCUUUCUGAAUGCCUGGCGCUUCGUGGGAGCCAUAGGAAGCUUCAUCUUUAUAGGCAUCCAGCUCAUGUUGCUUGUGGAGUUUGCUCAUAAAUGGAACAAGAACUGGACCGCCGGAACGUCGACUAACAAGCUCUGGUACGCCUGUCUGGCCCUGGUGACCCUCAUCAUGUAUUCCAUUACCGCGGGAGGCUUGAUUUUGAUGGUAGUAUUUUAUACACAGAGAGAAGGCUGCAUGGAAAACAAAAUUCUCCUUGGAGUAAAUGGAGGUCUGUGCCUUCUGAUCUCAUUGGUGGCCAUCUCACCCUGUGUCCAAAACCGACAGCCACACUCUGGACUGUUGCAGUCUGGGCUCAUAAGCUGCUAUGUCACAUACCUCACUUUUUCAGCUCUAUCCAGCAAACCUGUUGUAGAAUUUGCUCUGGAUGAGCUUGGGAAGAAUGUUACAAUCUGUGUGCCUAAUUUAGGCCAGGACCUGUACAGAGAUGAGAAUUUGGUUACUGGACUGGGCACCACUCUUCUGAUUGCAUGCAUCUUGUAUUCAUGUUUGACAUCCACAACAAGAUCGAGUUCUGAUGCUCUGCAAGGGCGCUAUGCAGCUCCAGAACUAGAGGUAGCUCGGUGUUGUUUCUGCUUCGCUCCCUACAAAGAAGAUGCUGAAGAGCAGCAGAAUCUGAAAGAAGGAUCACGGGUCAUUUAUGAUGAGAAGAGGGGCACUGUCUAUAGUUACCCCUACUUCCACUUCGUCUUCUUCCUGGCAUCCCUCUAUGUGAUGAUGACAGUUACCAGCUGGUUCAAUUAUGAAAGUGCCAACAUGGAAACCUUCUUCAAUAAGAGCUGGUCCAUCUUCUGGGUCAAGGUGGCCUCCUGCUGGAUGUGUGUGCUGCUGUAUCUAUGGACGCUGGUUGCUCCCCUCUGCUGCCCUUCUCGGCAGUUCUCUGUCUGA